UAAUUGUACAACCUGUUGGAUGUAUUUCGCUUUUAAGAGAUGAAGAACGUAUCUAGAUUGACAAAACAAGAGCGCGAUCAAUCAAAGACGGUAAAAGAAGAAAAUGAAAAUUUCCUAAAUACUUUCGAUCGUUUUGUUCUAUCAAUACUAUUCAUUCUAAUGAUCAUCAACGUAUUGUUAUCCAUCGAUCCGAUCGCCUGGCGUUUGUGUUCCUUAGGAAGGAUUCUGAUGAUAAAAUCCCUGCCUUACUACGACUGGAGGCCCUGGAAAACCGAGCAAUGCUUGAUAAACAACAAAUCUCCAGAAAAAACCCCGACAACCGCCGAAUUAAACUGCAACACGUGCGAAGACACGUUCAAAAUAGACGUGCACGAGUACCUAAACGAAGACAUCCUCGAAGAACGGUACGUCAACGUCGACGCCCCGGUGGUACUGACCAAAGCGGGCGUCGAGCAAUGGCCCAACGACACCGCAUUCAUCGAGCAAUUGCUCGAAGAGCCCGACUUCGCCGAAUCCUACCCGUGCACGCUAAGCGGCAGCUUCACCAAGCAACCCGCCGACCUGCGGGCGGUGCUGGCGAAGCGCAAGUACUUCGAUCGCUUCCUCGUGCACUUCAGAAACUGCGAGCCGGAGGCGGUGCGAACGUUCCGGAGCGUCGUCAACAGGCCGCGAUCGCUGCCCGAUACCUACUCGCCGACGUUGUACAACUGGGCGCUCUGGAGCAGGGGGUACAAAUCGUCGGGCUACAAGCGCGUGGAGCUGGUGGAGAAAGUGGCCGUCGUGGGGCAGCUGGUGGGCGCCACGCGCCUGCAGCUGGUGCCGAGGGGGAACUGUCGGGAGGUUUGCUCGACGCUGGGCGUCACGCUGCGCGCCAAGGAGGUGCUGGUGUUCACCGGCUUGUGGGACUUGGAGUACAUGCCCGGCCACGGCGGGGAGAACUUCGCCGUUGUAAUGGAGUUUUGAGACAAUAUCAACUUUUCAAAACUUCAAAGGAGUUGAGGUAGAUGUUUUUUAAUGUACGUCCAAGAGAUUUCGAUGGAUUUGAGGUUUAUAAAAAUAAAGUUAAGUACAUGUGUAUCGGCUACUAAGUUCCACUACUUUUAACUCCAAGAUUCGUAUUAGCGCUUCAUUAGUAACCAAAAAAAAUCAUCUUAAACUCAAUUAUAAUUACAAAGCAACAAUA